CUCUUUCUUGUCACGUACUGUCGUACUUACUUAAUGAUCAUUUGAUAAUUUACCAGGCUAGGCUUUUGACUUUUUGUUUCAUUAUAUUACCGAAUUAGGGUUUUUAGUAAAUUAAACAGGACUUGGAGAUUGAAACAUCACUCAUGGGUCCAGUCAGCAGCUCAACAGAACAGUUCUUGAGUACAUUAUCCAUCGAUGGAAAGAACUUCAAGUUUAUUGACAUCACUAAAGUUACCACUCCAGAUCAGUUUGAACAACUUCCCUUCUCUAUAAGGGUACUGCUUGAAUCUGUGGUUCGUAACUGUGACGGUUUCCAAAUCAAUGCAGCUGACAUUGAAAAUGUUGCGCAAUGGAAGAAAACAUCACAGGAAGGAGUUGAAAUAAGAUUCAAACCUGCGCGGGUUGUGCUACAGGAUUUUACUGGUGUUCCAGCUGUUGUAGAUUUCGCUGCUAUGAGAGAUGCUGUGAAGUCAUUGGGAGGCAACCCGGAAAAAAUCAACCCUGUGUGCCCUGUCGAUCUAGUCAUUGAUCAUUCAGUACAGGUUGAUUUUAACAGAAGUGAAGAUUCUGUUAAGAAGAACUUGGAAAAAGAGUUUGAACGAAAUAAUGAACGAUUUUUAUUUUUAAAGUGGGGAGCACGAGCGUUCCAGAACAUGUUGAUUGUUCCUCCAGGAUCAGGAAUUGUGCAUCAAGUGAAUCUUGAGUAUUUAUCAAGAGUUGUGUUUGAUGAGAAUGAAUGGUUAUAUCCGGAUAGUUUAGUGGGUACAGAUUCGCACACCACAAUGAUUAACGGACUUGGUGUGCUUGGAUGGGGUGUUGGUGGUAUAGAAGCGGAAGCGGUAAUGUUAGGCCAAGCAAUCUCAAUGGUUCUACCCAAAGUUGUUGGUUACAAGUUAACGGGUGUUAUCAACCCUCUUGCUACAAGCACUGACGUUGUACUGACUAUAACUAAGAACCUUCGUCAAAUGGGUGUUGUUGGAAAAUUUGUGGAAUUUUUUGGACCAGGUGUUGCAUCGUUGUCCAUCGCAGACAGAGCCACGAUAUCGAAUAUGUGUCCGGAGUACGGAGCUACUGUUGGCUUCUUCCCUGUCGACAGUCAGAGUUUGGAUUACCUUACUCAAACUGCACGAGAAAAACAGAAAAUUAAACGAGUAGAAACGUAUUUGAAAGCAGUUGGUUUGUUCCGAGAUUAUUCCAAUGAAAACCAAGACCCACAUUUUUCAGAGGUAGCUGAGUUGGAUCUGGGAAGUAUUGUUCCUUCACUAAGUGGUCCAAAACGACCCCACGACCGUGUCGCUGUCGUUGAUAUGAAGACUGACUUUACUCAGUGCCUCACUAGCAAAGUGGGUUUCAAAGGGUUCGGGAUUCCAGAUGAGAAAUUAUCAUCAUCCGUUAAUUUCUCAUAUGAAGGAAAGGAAUAUAGUCUCCAACAUGGAAGUGUUGUUAUUGCCGCUAUCACUUCAUGCACAAACACAAGCAACCCAACUGUUAUGUUGGGUGCAGGUAUGCUGGCAAGAAAUGCAGUGCAAGCUGGCUUAUCCGUGCCAUCCUAUAUAAAGACCAGCUUAUCUCCUGGUAGUGGUGUGGUCACAUAUUACCUCAAAGAUAGUGGAGUCCUUUCCUUUCUUGAGAAACUUGGGUUUGACAUAGUUGGAUAUGGUUGUAUGACUUGUAUAGGAAACAGUGGCCCGCUGCCUGAACCUGUGGAUAAAGCAAUUGCCGAUGGUGACUUAGUAGCAUGCGGUGUGCUGUCGGGCAAUCGUAACUUUGAAGGUCGCAUUCAUUCUUCCACUCGUGCAAACUAUCUUGCAUCACCCAUGCUUGUUGUGGCUUAUGCCUUGGCUGGAACUGUUCUCAUUGAUUUUGAAAAAGAUCCAAUUGGUACUGGAACAGAUGGCAAAUCGGUUUAUCUGCGCGAUAUUUGGCCAUCUAGAUCUGAUAUUCAAGAAACAGAAAAAAAAUCUGUUUUACCGAAUAUGUUCAAAGAAGUUUACGCCAAAAUUCAAGAUGGGAAUGAACAAUGGAGGUCAUUGGAAGCCCCAUCAAGUACUUUGUAUCCAUGGAAUCCUGAUUCCACAUAUGUACAAUCUCCACCUUUCUUCAAAGGCAUGACGAAGGAGUUACAGUCCUUCCAGAAGAUUGAAGAUGCUCACGCUCUUCUUUUCCUCGGUGACAGUGUAACAACGGAUCAUAUUUCACCUGCUGGAUCCAUCAGCAGAAGUUGCCCAGCCGCCCGAUAUUUGGUUGGGAGGGGAUUAAAACCUCGGAAUUUCAACUCUUAUGGAAGUCGUCGUGGAAACGAUGCAGUGAUGGCUCGAGGAACAUUCGCCAACAUCAGAUUGAAGAAUAAACUCGUUGGACACGAGGCUCCCAAGACCAUCUACAUCCCUACAGGAGAAGAGAUGGAUGUGUUUGAUGUAGCAAUGAAAUACAAAGAUGAUGGAACUCAGUUGAUAAUUGUUGCUGGUAAGGAUUAUGGGAGUGGUUCAAGCAGGGAUUGGGCAGCUAAGGGACCAUGGAUGCUGGGUGUACGAGCAGUUCUGGCCGAAUCAUAUGAACGUAUUCAUCGUUCAAACCUCAUCGGGAUGGGAAUCGUACCUCUGCAGUUUCAACAAGGUGAGAACGCUGACUCGUACAAGCUUACUGGUAAGGAGAAAUUCACCGUGAACUUACCCGACGAAAUCGAACCCGGGAUGGUCAUUGACGUUGUCACAAACUGUGGAAAGAAAAUCAACUGCAAAGUUCGGUUCGACACCGAUGUUGAACUUUCAUAUUUCAAACAUGGUGGAAUCCUUAACUACAUGAUACGAACAAUGAUAUGAUGAUGUCAUAACUUCGCAACCAUGUACAGUGACGUCAUUGCCUACUGGUCGUAGCUGGUAGGACGUCACGUCUAAAUACCGUACUUUUAAUUCUAUUUUUUAAACUUAAUAAUUUGGCGUUUUAAAUUUGAACAAAGUUUGGCCAAAAAUGCACCGCUGUGUUGCCAAGAGUGGUAAAUGGUGCAAUGCUCGUGUGUUGUUUAUGCAAAGACUAUAAUGUACAAAUAUGACCAGCGCUUUAUUGCCUUAAUCAGUAUAAGAAAAAAUACAAAGUAUAUUGAAAACAGGUGUUCGUUUUUUUUUCUUCGCAUUUAUUUCGUGUUCGCAUCGAAUAUUUAAGGUUUGUAACGCACAUUCCAUCAGCAGUAAAUUUUUUUACGUUAUAAUAAUAGUUAAUAUGAGGACAAUAAAUAGAAGAUAUUAUAAUACAA